AAAGAGUACCGCAGCACUGUGUUGCGCAUGCGCCACUGUCAUUCUGUUCCGAGCUGCGCGAGAAACUUUCCGCUGCUUGCAGAACAUGGCUGAAUAAAACCGCUUCAGGAUCAACUGUAACUGAUUCAUGUGUACUUCACCUGAACCAAACAUCUGUUCCAUAUGGAUCUGGACAACAUGAAUACAGAUGUUGAGCAGGUGGUGGUGGUUAAAGAAGAAGCUCCUGAGGAACAGAGUGCAUUUGUGGACCAGCAGGACCCAGAACACCUCCACAUAAAGGAGGAACAGGAGGAACUCUGGACCAGUCAGGAGGAAGAGCUGCACCAUUUGAAGGAUGAGACUGAUGCUGCCAGGUUUCCAUUCACUAUAGUUUCUAUAAAGAGUGAGGAUGAUGAGGAGAACCCUCUGUUCUCACAGCUUCAUCAUCACCGAACAGAAGACCGAGAUGUUCCAGUCAGCAGCUCAGCUGUCCAGAUGACAGUGGAAACUGGAGGAGCAGGAACUAGUAGGAACCUAGAUCUGAACCCCCAUGAACAGACAUUUGAUUAUUUAGAGACUGGAGUUAAUGGAAAGGAUGAAGAGGAUGGUGUGAGUCUAGACUCUGAGCCAUCAGACCCUGGGUUUGAAACUGGAGAUGGAAACAUUAACACUCGGUUUCACUCAGCAAUAGGUUCUUCAGGCUGUUUGGUUAAUAAGAAAUGUGUUGGAAUGACGCAACAUCUAGACUCAUCUGGAAAACUCCAGGCUAAUGUAAAAUCAUUUAGUUGUGGUGAAUGUGGAAAAAGAUUUGGUAAAAAAAACAUUUUAAACAAUCACAUAGCUGUCCACACAGGACAGAAGCCUUUUGCCUGUGAGCUAUGUGGACAAAACUUUACCCAAAAGACACAUUUUAACUCACACAUGAGAGUCCACACAGGAGAGAAGCCUUAUGCAUGUGAGCUAUGUGGACAGAAAUUUGCCCAAAAGACACAUUUAAACAGUCACGCCAGAGUCCACACAGGAGAGAAGCCUUAUGCAUGUGAGCUAUGUGGACAAACUUUUAGCCACAAGAAUAGUUUAAACAGUCACAUUAGAGUUCACAGAGGACAGAAACCUUUUGUCUGUGAGCUCUGUGGACAAAGAUUUGGCCAAAAGACACAUCUCACCACACACACGCGAAUCCACACAGGAGAGAAGCCUUAUGCGUGUAAAUUAUGUGACCAAAAAUUUAGCCAAAAAUCAAAUUUAACGAGUCACGUGAGAAUCCACACAGGACAGAAACCAUAUGCUUGUGAGUUCUGUGAACAAAAAUGCAGCAGUAAGGCAAAUUUGAACAAUCACAUGAGCGUUCACGCAGAGCAGAAACCUUUUGCUUGUGAGUCCUGUGGAAAAGCAUUUAGCCGUAAGAAUAAUCUAAAUAAUCACUUGAAAGUCCACACAGGACAGAAACCUUUUUUCUGUGAGCUUUGUGGAAAAAGAUUUAGUCAUAAAGUAAAUUUAAGUAGUCACAUUAGAGUCCACACUGGAGAAAAGCCUUUUGCUUGUGAGAUUUGUGGACAUAGAUUUUGUGAAAAGGCUAAUUUAAACAGACACAUGCGAGUCCACACAGGACAGAAGCCUUUUGCCGCCGAAAAUAAAGACCUCAUUUAACUACAUGAGUACUAAAAGAGAUCCUUGUAGUUUUAACAUCCUAUGUGUAAGUCUUGUCUCCUUGAUGGCAGUCAUUCACCCUAGAUCAGGGGUGUCCAAUCCAACUCAGCCACUCACCUGACACGUUGACGAUCGUAGCUGCUUGCCUCCUUAAGAUAAACAUCCUCCCCUUUUUUUCUAAUGACAGAGGUGAACAUGAAAUUGUCCUCCCUGCUGCCAGUUUCUGUAUCUGUUCUCCUGAGCGACGAGUCUGCUGUUUCUUAUUGCUCGUCUGCACGCGCUUGUUAACGACUCUUUUUUUCCGACUGAGAAACUCCGAGAGCGCAUGCGGGGGAGGGGUUGCUGCCAAUUGUUGCCUCAGUGCCGCUCUCGGUCCUCCAGGCGACACCUUUUUCCCAGGUAUUUAUCUAACAGGAUGUCUGGUUGAAAUAAGUAUCCACCCAUGCCUUGACCCCCACUUUGACAAGUGUUGAACCAUUUAAUCUGGUGUAGUAGAGCAGAAAAACAACGAAAGCUUUCUAAAAAUCAGCCAUCAAGGAUUGGGCAUCGCUGCUGUAGAUCAUUGCCUUAUCUGGCCCACGGGCAACUUCUUUCUGUCCUGUGAGCCUCACAUUGUUGUCCCCAACACUGUUUCCAUUAAGAGGUGGAGCUGUAUCACGCGCUGCUCAUCAUUACAUAAUGAGCUGCUAGCCUAAGCUUUCCUUUUUGCAGUGUUGCGGCAGAGAGAGCUUAGCCUGGCAUGUAUUGUAUGCUGGUAAAUGGUUUGUGUAGGAAUAUUUGUCUUUUACCUGUAGUUUGUAUGUUGUGAGUUGCAUAAAUACAACUACAGGUGAAAUAAAUACAUUUGUAUCACUAUUGGUUCCAGCACUGGCAUCAGCUAGUGUGGGACAGUCUUGCGUUUUCUUAACGGACUGUUACAUUUUCAUUAUUAAAACUGCUAAAACUUGUAUUACAAAUUACAAUAGUAACAAUGGUUCUAAGGUGCACUAAGACAUUGUGUUGAUGUUUUAUGUUAGGUUCUAUGUUUAUUAAUAUUUCUUUUUACUUAGCUUUUACAGAUAUGUCAAUUUAGUUGUGUGAUUAUGUUUAAUCUAAAGGGUGAAAUGUGAUUGUACUAAACUUCUGACAUUGCUGUAGAUGAACAAACAUUAUGUUUCAACACUGUUUCCUCUUUGUCCAUGUUAUGAGAUAUUCUUUGCACAGAGUGUUUCUUUUCCUUAUCUUUUGGAAGUUAUGACAAAUAUAUAAGAUACCUGUUGUAGACACGGGUACCUUGAUGUAUGAGUUAAUAACUCUGAAAGGGAGAAGGCAUAAAAGUGUACUUAGAUGCUUCAUAAUCUCUGUCUCCUAGGAUACAGUCACUGGAACAGUCAAUGUUUGUAUGAUUGUAUUCCUCUUUAUAUUAAUUACAAUUAAAACUUUUAUGGAUCAGG